CUGAGGGGAUGUUUAGGGCUCCCCAAGAGGAAAAUGGGGAGACUUAAUAGAAUUUUCCCGCUUGUAGCAGCACUUUCCAACACCCCUCGUGUGUCUCCGCACCGUUACAAAGAUUUGGGGCAUGCGCAGCUGAAGUUGGUUUUGUGUUUCUGGGUCGGAUGGGUGGCAAAUUAGCCUUUUCUCGUGUCCUCACAGUUGGGAGUUCUUUUGACUUUUCACCGUGUUUUUCGCACACAUUGAAGGUGUAAAAACGCGAAAAUCUUGUCACAUUCUCACCCACUGUGCGCCGGUGAGAAUGCAUUGAACAUUUUCCGCACCAUCUCCCAUCGCAAAUUUCCUUCCGGAUCCCCUUUGCCUUUGGUUCCUGUGUAUUGAGAAAAUUGACAAAUCCGGAAGUGCUACAGACGCGAAAAUCCAUUCACUGGAAGUGCGGGGAUAGUGGUGGAAAAACUCAGUGGAAACAGAGCGUGCCAUGUUUUGUGUGUGUGGCUAAAAAGGAGGACUUUUCCUCAGCUUUUUUUUUCCUGUGCGUGGAGCAUCCUGUGGCAGCUUUUUUCCGUCAUUUGGGGGGCACAAGUAGACAUGGGAAAAAUGCUGUGACGAAAUUGCUCGAGGGUGGAAGAAAGUGCGGAUAAAAAGGGGGCUCGAAGGACGCCUUGAGAGACAAAAAAAAUAGAAAAGUGAAGUUGAGGGUGGAUUUGAAGAAAAGGUAGGAGAGGCGUCUCUCGGCGUGUGUUUUCUGUGCUUGAUUUCUUCAGCCAAGCCACCCCCCUACACCCAACCCUCGUGGAGUUGGUGGGUGGUGUAGGAAAAAAAAGGGCUCCGUGUGUGUGACGCACCCCUCGAGGCGGAAGUGAAUCAUGACUUUUUGGUGGUGUUUGGUGGUUUUUCUGGGUGUUUUGGCUAUUUCAAGUGGACAAUUGGCCUGGUCUCCCAUUCAAGUGGAAUCCAAUAAUCAGGUGGAUUUGUUUACGCGCCAAGCAUCCGGAUGCCCAUGCCUCUGGCGCUCUCCGGUAGAUCCCCAGGACACAGAUUGCGCUUGCUGUGUCCGUGGGGGCUGCCAAUGUGGUGAAAUAUCUACCGGAAGGUGUGUCCAGUGUGGCCUAGAGAUGAAUUGUCUCAACAUGUGCAACAUCACUCUCGAUUCCCGAGCCCUGCAGAACAGCAGUGGACUGAGUUUUGGGCAGAUCAAAUCGCCCAUCCUCCAAGGUCCCGUCACCUGCAAGUACUACCUGAGACCCGUAGCUGGUCAGAGGGUAGAAUUGCAGGUUUAUCGACUGGUGCAAGUAGGGCACUUUACAGGGCAACGCUGCGAGGGCGGAUCAUUGAGGUUUGGGGAGUCAAUUGGCGGCACAGAGACCAGCCGGAGUGCUGAACUCUGUGGCGCCAAUGAACGAUACUCACCACCGGCCGUCUUGUUCUCCGACGACGGGGGCACUACCCUAAUAUUCGAGAUCACCGAAAAGACGGUAAGGUCUCAGUUCCUGGCAUUCUUCAGCUUUACCUCACUCAGUAAUCCUGUGGUGGGCUUUUAUCCGCGUGGUGGCACGAGGGUCACGUCGUCUGAGUGCGAUUGGUCCUAUCACGAGGUUUCGUGCAUGUCACCCAGCUCCUGUGCCAUUGCUAGUCCAGGUUUUCCAGGAAUAUAUCCGCCAGACAUGGUUUGUCGCUAUCACAUUAUCACAACUUCAAUUCACACCAAAGUUCGCAUCACUUUCACGUCGCUGCUCUUGCCCGAAAACGAAUGCGAGACGCAUUACUUGGCUUUAUACCUGGGGACUCCGUCUGGGGAUAAUCGAUUGGCGAAGGUGUGUGGUUCAGAGAAGCAGGAUCUUCUAUUUACAGGGCCCAAUCUUGUACUGGUAUUCCAUGCUGGCUCACAAAUUCCUCCCUUUGACUACAACGGCUUUGCUGCGACACUUGAAUUUAUUGCUGCUCCACAAACAACCACGACACCAGUACCUCCGCCCGUUGUUCAUCCCCCGAUCUGGAAUCCUGCAGGUGGCCAAGAUCCGCCAGGAAGUAUCACUUGGUCCGGGUCAACGCCAAAAUUUACGCCCUGCGACAAAGUUAUCACGGAAACCAAUGGGAGAUCUGGGCAUUUUGAUACCCGGGGCAGACCUUUUGCUAACAAUUGUCGGCUCAUUUUUAAAGGACGCUCAACGGAUAUUGUUCACAUUUCCCUCUUCAACUACCGCUUGAAAGCUCCAUCUUGCCGAUCAGUGAUUGAAAUUAUGGAAGGAUCUUCGGAUAGUCACAGAAGAUCUCUCCAUAAAACCUGCUCGCCAGCUGUCAGGCAUGCCAGAGAUUCAAAUGGUGUCUUUGUUCCUCCGCAAACUUUCAUCUCUUCCGGGCCACAAAUUAUCAUCGCCCUGAGAAGAUCAGCUGCAGCUGCGGAUCCCAAUGAUGUGGAAUUCAUCGAUGGUGCUUACAUGUUCCACGACGAGGAACAAAGUGGUACACUUCAGCCAGCUUCACUCUGUGAUUCACAUCACUAUGGGAUGAGUAGUCCGGAAUCUGGGCAAGUUAGUGGACUGGGAAAUGAGCAUCUUUACUGGAAUGUUGAGGGAUCUCUCUCGUGUGCACAUCAUUUUAUUCCAGGAGCCAAUCAGAGUGUUACAGUCACGAUUGAGCAUCUGGAGAGGAUGAGCCUGAAGCCACCGUGUGAGACACUCUGUGGUGACAGUGGAUGUCACUGUAUCACGAGUGUGGCUCCUCUCGAGGAGAUUGAUCAUCUGCGAUUAGUGGAUGAAAAUGAUCAGACACUUAGCUGUCUCUGUGGUUCAUUUCGCACAGAGUGGCUUCCGGUGUCACUGCGCACAUGGUCUCCAGUGAGACUGGUGUACUCUGUGGCUCAGUAUUCGUGGAAUACAAAGGGAUUUCCCUUUAGAGCUGCGUACACCUUCAAUGUUGACGCCAUGUGUGGUCAACGCACUUUUACCACCCAUUCGGGUGAAUUGCACUCACGCAAUUUCGUUGGGGUUCCCUUUUCGCUCAAUUCUUUCUACCAUCAGCAAUGUACCUGGAUUCUGGACUCAAAUGUCGAACGACAACUCUUUGUGGAGAUUCAGACAGAACAGAGUCGUCCAUGUGGAGCUUGGAAUAUCAGCCUGCAUGAAUUCUCACCCGCCGAAGAGGAGAAUAAUCACGCUGGAGCACUACUUCAUCAGUUCUGUCCACGCGAUAAGCACAAAAAAUUUACAAUGCCGUGGAAAGCCAGUACGGUGGUUGUUAGGAUUCAAGCAAUGACACGAACGCCACCAGUGUACGUGGUUCGAUGGCGAUCUCAGGUGGUUCGUGCCAAUACAAGGCUCGGUCCUCCAACGGCGGCACCCAAUAAGACUUCAAAAGCUCAGAGAAUAGUGAGCAGCAUCCUUAAGAUUGUUGCUUGUGUCUUUGUCCACGUACUUCUCAAACGCCAAUUAAUUUUUUAAGAACACCAUCAUCACAUUUUAUUCUUUUUUUAAGAUAGAGUGAAUAAUGAACAAAAAAAAGACCCCUUCUCGAGAGAAAAAAAAACAAAUAAUUUUCACACAUUACACCUUAGGACUAUAAGAUGGAAAAACCUCAUUGAUUAACACUUUAAGGAGUUUAAGAAGAGAGAAUAUAGGGAGAUUUUCUUAGUCUAUUUUGUAGUGUUUGGUGAACAAAAAAAAAUUAAGUAAAAAGGAGUAAAAGGAAGAAGCACGGCAAGAGGUAUUUAACAUUAAUCAAGGGACUCUCGAUGGGGAGGGAGAAUGAGAGAUAAAUUGUCUAAAAAGCGUUUAAAAAGAGUAGGAAAUGACAGUUAAAAGAAAGCAUAGGUGAAAAUAAUAGGAUGAAAAUGAAGUAAAAGAAAAACACUUUAGUGUUGUGUGAGAAUAUCCCUGCUGCUAGUUGGUGGUUUUUCCUCAGUCUCCUCCACGGAAUUCAGAAAUUAGCGUGUCCCUCCGACAGGAAAGAGAACAAUAUUUUAUAUUUCUUCCUCAAAUCUGUUUUUUUUUUCACUUAAAAUAGCGAAUUGCCAGAAGGAAAAAAAAUGUAGGAAGAUAAUAAGUAAAAUAAAAAAACAAGAAAUUCGAGAAAACCACCUUCAUAUCUCAACGUCCAGACUGCAAAUAAUUUGCAAGAAAAAAAAACUUAAAAUUAAAGGGAGAAUAAACAUAGAUUAGAUGAGCAAAAAAAGUAACUUUAAAAAAGAAAAAAAUGUAACAAUUUAGAAAGCACUCUAUGUUUUAAGAAGAAUGAAGCAAAUGAAACACGCAAAGCGACAAAAAAAAAACAUUUUUUUAGUAAAGAAAUUCUUGUGACAAGAUGUUUAACA